ACCAUGGCGGCGUCCGUCGAGGCCACUCCUGGCUCGACCUCCAAUGCGCCUCAAAUAAAUCCCCCGGAGCCAGCCCUCCCCUCACGAUCAACAGCAUCUGCUGCUCAGACACACGAACUAUCUCAUGAUUUAUCAGAUGGCGAAGAUGUACAAGCGUUUGACAUGGCCGAUUCAGAUCUUCCUCCGCUGCCACAAGACGACGACGACGAUAGUUUUCUACAAACAAACUUUGGAGAAAGCCCUGGCCCUGGAAGCGAAAGUGGAUUCAUGUACAAUGAGAUGAAGCGUCAAUUGCAGGAUAUAGAAUCUAGUUUCUUGCCGGAAGCCUCCACGCAGGCUGAGGUGCCUCCAGCGCCGCCGGCAGGUGCUGACGACACUUUUUUAUUUGGAGGUUCACCUGGUCAUUCGCAGCAAACAUCAAGUGUGAAAGAGCCAGCGCAGCAAACCGAAAAUCUGGGGCGUGACCCAGAAGCAAACGAUGAAAGCUCCUCCUUAUCGUUAGACGAGCCGCCCACGCCCGCCGACGCAUAUAAAACACCCGCAACACGACGGUUGGAUAUCGACACAGAUGAUUCAUUAGAUACCACAGAGUCAAGUUCCGAGGCUGUUCUCUCGUCUCCGUCCGCACGUGCGGCUCAAAGAAACUUGUCCCGUUUUGCCCCUGGACUCAAGCCCGGGGAUUCGACAUCUACCCAGGACACAGCAGACGAAGUACUGGGGGAGAAAGACGACCUUCGACCCACGUCUAGCGCUUCGACAGUAAAAGCUCCAGAAUUUGGACCGUUGGAAGAUCAUUCCUCGUUUACCGAUGAUCACGACCUAAGCGUAGAAGACAUCACGAAUCUGGUACCGCCUCUUCCCACAACCGCCAAAAAACGGCCUAGCUUCUUACAGUCCCGGAAUUCAAGUCAUCGAUCUUCCGUAUCUUCCUUUACGAAUCAUUCAGAGGCUUCUGGAGACGGUACGAGCACAGCCAGCCUAGGUGCAGACUUUGCUUUGCAAAGUGGUGGCGCAGCUUCCCGAUCCAGCGACCAACAUAGAAUGAGCAUUGCUCUCUCCAGAUUGCCAAGCCUCGGAAGCAUUACAUCUUCGGUAUCAGGUUACAGUGAUUCUAAUCCCUGGGAUAAGACAAGAAGCAUUAGUGCCAACUCACUAUCUGGAUUAUUGCACCCCGAUAAUAACCUUGAGCGUUUGGACGAAGAAGGGCCCAGCUCCUCCACGCCCCCCGAAACACCACGUGCGCCGACCGUAAAAUUGACUGCACCAACUGAUACCGUCAUUACUAGGCAUGUGAGGGAUAUUCAAGUGCCAGAUACUGUUGCCCGUCAAUUCCGCGAAAAGCACGGCAACUCUCCCCAGAAACGCCACAUGGCUACCCCAUUCACACGCAGCAAACAUAACUUGACCCUCAAAGAGCAGAACAGCAAGAUCGACAAACUGAGCAAGGAAAAUUUUGAUUUGAAGCUUAAGAUCCACUUCCUGGACCAGGCUUUGCAAGACCGAUCUGAUGAGAAUGUUAAGGAGAUGAUCAACAAGAACGUUCAGCUUCAAACCGACCUUGCAAAUGAAAAGAAAGACAACCUGGGUCUUCGCAAAAAAUUACGUGACCUCGAGAGACGACUCAAAGCGGCCGAGGAUGGAGAGCCAACAAAAUCUCCGACAAGUGUCUCUGAGGACGAACUCAGCAAUGAUUCGGAAAAACAAGCUGCCUUCGAAGAAAUAGAGUUUCUCAGAGAACGUCUGGAGAGUACCGAAACUACAGUAGAAGAAUGGAAAGAAGCGGCUAUGUUGAAAGAGGCGGAUAACCGACGCAUGAAAGACUAUAUCAAGACCAUGAACGGGAAGGCCUCAUCAGAGGAGUCUGCUGGUGUCAAUGAAGCAAUGAGUAUGUGGAAGGAAGAUUACGAAGACGAGCGCGCGCGACGCGAAGAUGCUGAAGCGCGAUGCGAACAAGCCGAAGGCGAGCGAGAUCAAUUCCGCGAGGAAGCUCAACGGUUACGGGAGCUCCACAGCCAGUCUUCGCAAUAUCUGACAACAAAUAACAAUGUUAAAAACAUUUACAACAGCCGACGAAACUAUACUACUCUGCACGCCCAAUCGACUGCAGGGUCCGAGGUUAAUGACCAGCCUCCGUCUUUAACAAUCACCGGCUCCAGUGGGACGCUCGUUGAGCAACUGCAGUCAAACAAUGAUAGGCUUCAAAGAGACUUACACGCUCAAGCUUCCAUGCUUACAUCGCGCAGUCGGGAGAAUGUGCGUCUGCGCGAAGAAAACGAAGGCCUUAAGCUCACACUGCGAAGGGGCGAUGGUGGGUCUAUCGCCGGUGAUAGUAUUUUAGAGCGUUCAAUCUCACGUAACCACCAACGGUCCGCAUCACGAGCCAGUGGAGGUACACGGGUAACACAAGGAAGCGAUCCUGAGCGUAGUCGUGGGCGCGAUGACCUAGAAGCCAAAUGCGCUCUCCUUCGCGAUGAGUUGUCUCAGGCUAAGCUGCAAUACAAGGAGCUUGACGACCAACUAAACGGACAUCUCGAUCUACUCGAACAGGCAGAAAAUAAACUCAUAAUAUUGGAGCAAGACAACGAAGCGCAGGCAGAGGAUCUGCAGGCUUUGUCUCACGAACGCGAUGAAAUUCUAGAGAACCUGCAAGAGAAAGACCAGGAAUGUGAAGACAUCCGACAACAAGCUCUCGAGACGAUUGAGCGGCUUGAGAUUGUGCAAGAACAGAAAGAACAAGAGUGCAACCGCCUCCUGACCGAGAUUGAGAACGCCAACGAAGAUUUCAACGCUCUCCAACAAGAAAUGAAGACUGUAAGCGAGAGUCUGCUCCAGCUUGAAGACGACCGCGAUGCGAGCUUGCGAAAGAUCCAGAACCUGGAAUCGGAAAUAGAGGACGCCAACCAGGAGCUCACUCGUCAAGACAAGCUCCUUUCAGAGGAGAGAUCGAAGAAUGAGAAGCUUGAUAUCCAGCUGGAGUCGUGCCAAGGAGAAGUCGACUUCCUGCGUGAAGAGCAAGAAGGCGACAAAAUCAAGAUUGGGGAGCUUGAGUCAUCACUCAACGCAGCCCACGUUACGAUUCAGGACGAAAAAGAACGCUACCGCGAUUUGGAAGAAAGAGUCAACGAAGAGGGACGUCAACGCGAUGCUCUUGAAAGCCAAGAAAAGCAAGAGGUGGAAAAGGUCGUCACCGAGCUCAAUGCGCGAUUGGCGAAACUCAAAGAGGAAAAUAGAAAAUUGCGGCAGAAUCUGUCAGGCAAAGAAGUCGAAGCCACGCAAUGGAAGCAGCGACUUGAUGACCUUGAAAACAACCUCCGCGAAGCCUUGGGCAAUCUUAACGGUACAAGAGCGAGCCUCUUGAAGGAUGUGCACAAGCUCCAGCGCGAUCUCGAUGCCAACAUGCAGGAGCUUGAUAACGUCAAACAGGAUCUUGCGGAGAGAGAAAGAACUCUCCGCAGUCGGGAUGCUCUAUUGGAAAGCACGGGGAUGGAGAAUCGAAAACUAGCAGAUAUGCUUGAACGUGAGCGACAAAACCGUCGCCAAGACCAAGUCACUUUCGAGACCACCAAACGAAGUCAUCAGUCAGUUACGAGGACGAUCCAGCAACAUGAAACCAAGGUGUUGGAGCUCGAAACGCUACGCAGUCAAGACCGCCAGAAACUGCACAACCUAGAAAAACAGUACCGUGAACAACUCACAGAGCGCAAUAACCUGCUCUACGCUUUAUGGAAUCGCCUUUCCACUCUGUGCGGCACUGAGUGGUCUCGUGGCCAUGCACUGAUCAAUGGUGAACUGCCAUCUAUGGAACUCAUCUCCAAGCACUUCGCAGGAUUCAACAAGAACAUCAUCCUGGCGGUCAAGACUGUGGAAGGUAUCAUUGGUGGCUUCCGCACACGAAUUCGGCAGUUAGAGAAAGACCUGGUUCGUGAUUAUCAGACACUAGAACAUUCUCUCGACGUCCGCAUCAAACGCCUUGAUCAGGUGGAGAAAAUGGUGAGGGCUCAGAAAGAUUCCAUCGGGCGAGUGAGUACGGUUCGUGGCGGUAUAGUUGAGCUCAACACUACGGAGCUGAACAAACUUCGUACGGAGAAUAAGACUUUGAGAACCGAAGUCCAGACCUUGCGCGCCAUAACAUCUACAGGUCUUACAGUAGAUAAUUCGCGGUCACCGUCAAGGGCUGGCUCACCAACCUCUUCAAAGCGUGCCAGCAUGGCACAGACGCUCCUUCGCCACCACUCUACUUCAGCCGUCGAAACCUCGCCAUCCCAGCCAGAUCAUCCAUACCCCCCAGCCGGUACCUUGCAAACGAGCGAGCAGAAGUGGAUUCAUCGCCUCAAAGAACUGGAGAGGAGGCUGAAGGCUGAACGAGAAGCCAGGUUACUGGAUCGUAGUGGUGCACGCAAGAGAUUAGAGCAAAAGACCGAGGAGAACGCAGACCUGCGGGCCUUGCUAGAACGAGAGCGAGAGCGGAAGGCACUUGAAGAUGAGGGUAGCAUGCUUCGCUCGGUAUCGGGUAGUCGAAGUGGAAGGAUCAGCCGUGGCGAGGGCGAGGACGUGUAUUAG